AUGCCCAUCGUAGGACAGCAGUAUGCCAAUGGAUUUCGUCCUUACAGCUCAUUUCGAGUGCCUCGCAGCAGUUGUGGCAACAACAGCAACACCAACAACAACAACAGUAAUCAAAAUGGUGCCAACAGAACGUCGAGUAAGACGACAACUGUCAGCAGCAACAGUAAAAAUAACACAGCCUUGAGCUCUUCCUGCUCGUCAUCAUCAUCUCUCAAUCAGCAUGGAGGCAAUAUGGGAAGCAACAACAGCAACAGCAGUUUUAGCAGACAGCAACCAUGGAGAAGCAGCUACUGCAGUAGCAAUCAUCGCAAGUUGCAUCAGGAGCCGCUGCAACAGUUGCAGCUGAAGCAGCAACAGCAGCUGCAACAGGAGCGCAAUGUGAAGCCGUUGACACCAAAGCUGAUCAGGCGCAUUGAGAACACGUGUGCUUCCUCUAACACCUCUGCCACAGUCUCGAGCUCCCGCUACGGAAAAGCCAAAGCGCCUGCGCCUCCAGCGAAUCCUUCACAGACAGCUGCCAGGCAGCGGACAACGAAUCAAAGUGCGUUGUCAAAGUCGCAGGCCGUAAAUCAAUCACAAAAGCGCGCCUACCAAGCCGCCAGCAACCUCACUCAUCGGGGCGCCAAGGAGAAUUGUCCGGCAAGGAAUACUCUGCGCUCCAGCAAGAAUUAUCCGGCUCCAAUGCCGCCACAGCAGACGCAGCCAACACAACAACAGCCGCGAAAGCUGCAAAAUGAUCUCACACCAUUAGCGCAACGCAGACAAUUACCGGCGACGCCUAAGUUGAGCCUUAGACAGCGCACAGUUGCAGCUACUGGCACUGAGGGAGGCGCCUCCUCGACGGGUUCAAGUGAUUCCCACGAUUCGCCCAGACUGAAAAAAGCGUACUCGAAAAAAUUUCCCCAGGGAUUGCCGUUUGAAGACGAGUUUUACGGCUGUCGUAAUCGCUCCUACUCGCAAUCCUCCAGCAACUAUAGUUUCUACAGUUCUGUGGGAGCGCCAGCGACUCCUCAUGAUGAUGACGACGAGGAUGAUGAGUUCCAGCGCAAGCCAUCCACAGAUGAUGCGCUUUAUGUGGACUUCUCCAAGGUGGUGCACAGUCACAAGCAACAACGACAGUAUGUGCCAGCCAGCUCCUGGAUACGCGCUUCUCCCGAUCACGAUCACGAUAAUGACGAGCUGCACAAUGCAGUCACACUAACUCCGACCCAGCAGCGACGCAAGAGCGCCAAGUAUGCGCGAUCCAUGCACGAAUAUCUCUACAGCGAUGACAACCACUCGACCACGACCACAACGACAUCGAAAACAAAACAUCGACUCCCUGUCGUCGAGGAGCCCGAGGAUGGCUACUAUAGCUACGCAGCUGGCACUCCCGACCCACAGACUCCGCCCCUGCCUGUGGGCAAAACGGAUAUCUAUGUGGCCGCAGCAUCGUGGGCACCCAAGCCGCUCUAUCCUGACCGCGUUUUGCUGCCCCACGCCGACUCCAACAACAAUCGCAGUGAUCACAGAAGCAACCAACAGCAGCAGCAGCAAACGCGACGUCGCUCUGAGCACUUGGGUUCCACGACGUGUGAGUAUACGUGA